AUGGGCCGAAAGAAACAUCAAACCCGACCCACUGAACCACCGAGGGAGAAAGCGUCCGCCCACCGAGCAGGCCUUCCGAAAACUGUCGAAACGCCCGGUGGCUUGGGUGGAAAACGGAAUCAAAAUUUUCCAUCCCACAACUGCACCGUCAGCCACGAUGUGGACCUGGUGAAGCUGUUCAUCCCGGGCAACAGCAUCCUUCGCAGGUUCACACGCUGCUGGCGACGGCUGUGUCUGAUCGAUGAGAGCAGCCCUCUGGCACGUCAAGUAUUGCACAGCGACAUGGCUGUAAAGCGGGAAAUUUCACGCCAUCUAACCUACUACCCCUGCACGGUGCAUCCCUUGAGCCGGUUCCGGUUCGCUUGGGAAUGCCUUAUGAUAGUAACGUUUGCCAUGGCCUUCCAGAUGAUUCCGUACGAUGUGGUGUUUAUGUUUCGCGUCGAAGACUACUACCCAUUUACGGCGUUCCACUGGAUACUGCUUGCUACGGAUAUCAUUUGCCUGCUGGACGUGGUGAUGUCUUGCUACACGGGAACGUAUGAUCGCAGAAACCGGAGGGUGGAGCUUAAUCCUGCCACCAUUCGGUCACGGUAUCUCUGUGGUUGGUUCUGGAUCGAUACCAUCAGCUCGGCACCGGAUCCUAUCAUAACAAUACUUAUUCCUCCCGCAACCUUGGACAGGUCGCUGCUGUUCUGUCUGCAUAAACUGGAGUUCCAUCCCGGUUGCGCCUGGGAUCUGUGGAGCCUGGUAUCGGUGAUCAAGAUCUUUCGUUUUCGCACGUUCUUAAGAUACAUUAGGCGAUUUGGCGAACGGCUCAGAUUACGCCGGAACAUUAUCAAAUUCACGACCAUUUUGGUCACCGUUCUGACGGUGUUCCAUUGGGGCACCUGCAUCAUGUUUCUCGUCAUCCGAUUGGUACAGGGAACGGAUCCGGCCAUGGUGGACGAACGCUCUUGGACUCAAAAAGUCCCAUUUUGGAACCAGUCAUCCUUUAUUCGGUACCUCGAGUGUUCCUAUCGGAUACUGUACACCGUGACACAUAUCACGCACGACUUCAGUGAGUCCAUGACCUACGACGAUAUGCUGCUGUCUUUGCUCUUCACCAUCUGUGGGUACUUGCUGAAGGUCUAUCUGCUGGCUGAACUGUUAAUUUUCAUUCGCAUGCUGUUUUCGAGCACGAGUAAAUACCACGAGUACCGGUACGAGUUGAACAAUUAUAUGCGCCACGAGCAGCUGCCAGCCGUGCUGCAUAAGCAGAUCCUGGAGUUUUACGAUAUACGGCACCCGAAUAUCUACAGCCGCUGGUCGCUUAUCCGAUCGACCAUUGGCGAGCAGCUGUUUCGCCAAGUGCGAAUGGAAAUUGUAGGUCCCCUGCUCAAUGCAUGUCCACUGUUUGCCGAACUGCUCUCCGAACAGCAAAUGAUCGCCUUGGCGUGUGUAAUGGAUUUUCAAAUUUUUAUGAAGAACGACAUCAUCACCCGCUGCGAUGGCGGGGGUCGGGAAAGUGCCGUUGGAGAGUGGAAAAUGAUUUUCAUUGUUUCCGGAACGGUAGCAAUCUUUACCAGAGGAUGGAAGAUGGCACUGCAACUGGAAGACGGUGAACAUUUUGGCGAAUUUCAGCUGCUGCUGGACGAGUCCUGCGUUAAAUUCCCCAACCUGGUGGCCGUCGAAACAUCCGAGUUGUAUCUGUUGACCCAGGCAGAGUUCGAUCUAUUUAUGCAGCCGUAUCCAUCGCUCCGAGAAAAUCUCCGCUACCGGGCGAGAACACUCCUUCAAGAGAUGGAACAGAUGCGACUAAGCGACGCUGUUCAAAUGCUAGAAACUGUCGAAACCAUUCGUAUGCCGCCCAGAUCAAGGGUCUUCUAG